UGCAACGACAAGUACAUCUUGUUCAAGUUGUUGUAUUCAAAGGGUUUCGUUCCAAUUGAGAGCGGCACGCGGUGGACGGUCAGUGUAACUAUGACAUGAAAAAGCAUCAUGUUCGAGCCGUCGCCAAGACGGAGCCGACUCGGUCAAGGUAGUACGUUGUCCUCGCUCCAUCCACCGCACCACCCUUCAUCGCCACGGAACGAAGAACACCACAGCGACUCAAUCCGUACGACCUAGUGACGCAAGGGACGUCGCACGUCUAGAGACUUUGCAAACAGUAAGAGGGCUCAUCCAGCCCACUCCAAACACAACCAAACGAUGACAGGACACGAUGCAAUGUCAACAUGAAUAAACGGCACGGGUAGUGGGGGAAUGCGUUGUUCAGUUUGAAAUUGAAAAGUUACACAAGGUUCUCGUCAUGACCGCGGGUCGAUCAGACAGGGAUAAGGUUGAGUCCUCCUUACAACGCCCCACCACCACAACAAUGCACAAGAAUGCAGCCACCAUCAAACACACAAUGGGAGAUUCGACGUACAAAGUCAGGCACGACACUUGUGAAGGUGUCUGAGAACAAUUGUCUUCAACGACGCGGUCUCAAAGCGAGCUGGGUUGUCUUCGUGUCAUCAUGGUCGUACAGCAUCUCUCCACGAAGGACACACACACACACAGGACAGCAUGGCCGAACACGUGCGUUUGCCCAACGAGACGUCGUGGGGCGGCGGCGCACAUCUCGCGCUGGAAACCAAUUCUGGACGCGCAUCCACGUCGCGUUCAUGCACACAAGAAGGAGAUCAUACCGUCCUCUGUUAAAAGACGGCGCAAUGUGUCUCUUCACAUAGAUUCAGCCUGGGGCGGCGCACAUGUGAUGUGGUAAUCAUGUCUCCCGUUCGAUACACAGACACAACACACACGCAGCAUACAAACGCAGAGGGGCAUGUGUCAUUCCUAAUUCUGCCACCUCAUAAUGGACGAGGGCGCAAACUCAACGGAAUGGGUCGCUGGUACAAACGGUCGCUUUGGCAGUCAGCAGUAGGAUGCUCGACGACAACGGACGUCGGCAACUGUCGCAAGAGAGACUGCGCGGCAUGGCAUGGACUAGAACGGCGACCGACACCGGCAGAUCAAGAAUGACCAUCGCCGUCGCCAGUGGCCAGCCAUGCCACACCACCGACAGUGGCUGGCCAC